UUGCCCGGGAUAAGAAAAUAAUGGGACAACAAACAACAAGUUUUCGUUGUUGAUGACGUGCAGGCAGAUCUCCUUAUCAUGCGACUUCUGAAGCCAAGUUGGGUCAACCAUGGUGGAAAACCAAUAUUUUCAGUGGACAUUCACCCAGAUGGAUCUCGUCUGGCUACUGGUGGUCAAGGAGAAGAUUCUGGGAAGGUUGCCAUUUGGAAUAUGGGACCUAUCAAAGAUGAAAGGGAAGAAAAAGACGACAGCAUUCCUAAACUCCUCUGUCAGAUGGACAACCACCUAGCUUGUGUGAAUUGUGUCCGUUGGUCCAGCAGUGGAAAGUACCUGGCCUCUGCAGGAGAUGACAAGCUGGUGAUGGUCUGGCAGAUAUCGAAUUAUGCUGGUGGUACAAGUGUAUUUGGUUCUGGUAAACAAAAUGUUGAGCAGUGGAGACCAGCCAGUACACUCAGGGGUCACACUGGAGAUAUCCUGGAUUUGUCAUGGUCUGGUAAUGAUGCAUGGCUGGCCACCUGUAGUGUGGACAACACAGUCAUUGUGUGGAAUGCAGAGAAGUUUCCAGAACAAAUUGUGAUGCUGAAAGGACACAAAGGUCUAGUGAAGGGGGUGACGUGGGAUCCUGUCGGCAAAUACCUUGCCUCUCAGUCUGAUGACAGAAGUGUGAGGAUUUGGAGAACCAAAGACUGGCAGGAAGAGUCAGUUAUAACAGAACCGUUCCAGGAGUGUGGAGGUACGACCCAUGUGCUAAGACUAAACUGGUCACCAGAUGGUCACUACAUUGUAUCUGCUCAUGCCAUGAACAACUCUGGACCGGUAGCCCAGAUCAUUGAACGAGAUGGCUGGAAGUGUACUCUGGAUUUUGUGGGACAUCGCAAAGCCAUCACAUCUGUGAGAUUCAAUCCAAACAUUUUUUCCAAAAAAUCAAAGAAGUCGUCAGAAAAGGUGCAGAAUUACACUUGUUGUGCAAUUGGAAGUCGGGACAAGUCAUUGUCAGUUUGGCUGACUUCCCUGAAAAGGCCACUGGUUGUUCUUCAUGAUUUGUUUACCAAUUCCAUUUUGGAUAUUUCAUGGGGACAGAAUGGAAUGGAGUUAGUGGCAGGGUCGUGUGACGGCAGCAUUGCAUAUGUGGACUUCAGUCCCGAAGAGAUUGGUGUGGCCCUGUCACAAAAGGAGAUGAACAUGUUCCUGGAGAAAAUUUAUGGGAGAUGCUUGACGGCAAAAACUCAAGGUAACUCUGCCAAUCAGAUCAUAGAAUCAACCGCUCUACUGAAACUACAGCAGCAACAGAGACAGAAACAAGAGGAGGAGAAAAAACAACAGCUGUUAUCAAAACAGGAGACGCCAGAGAAAAUGGACACCUCUGGCAGUCGUUCAUCCUUAAUGAAUGGAUUAGACGGGCCAUUUAAGCCAAGAGACAAGCAGAUAGAAACAAAGACACCUGAUGGCCGCAGGAGAAUCACUCCAAUUUUUCUAUGUCCACAACCUGAUGUCAGUGGCAGUGUCAUCCCUGCACCAUACAGUGCAAUAAGUAGCAGUAUUAAGUUUACCACCUCUAAAGACACCAGUAAGAUUCGUGUGGAGAAACAAAAUAUUGUAACACGACCAGGUCUUGCCUCACCAUCACCCAAGUCAAACCAGACAGCCAGUAUGUCUUCACCCCCAGCAGGCUCCACUCCAAAGUCUAGCAGUGAGGCCACACCAAAAUCUAGCAUCAGGGCUGAAUCUCCAAAACCCAUCAAUGCCUCUAUACAGCCGAUGGCUGCUCUUACACCUGUGAAAGAAAGUGCAGAUAAGCCAGAGAAGGUGAAAUCCAAAACUCUAGUUAGCACCCCAGAGAGACCUGAAAAAGACAGAGUUAAGGACAAGAUGAAGGGAGUGAAGCGUAAACAUGAUGGGGUUCAUGGGGAGCGCUUGGAGAGAAGGGGCCGACCUCGUAAAGUAGAUAAGGAAAGAGCUCUGGCUGCGACUAUGUCCUCGACACCCUCCACACCACAAACCCAUGUAGAGAAAGAAACCAUACGAUAUGUAGCAACAAGUUCUGAUCUCAAACUUCCAACACCAUCGGUGGAAAAAUCUUUCACCAAAUAUAUCCAAGGGCGUGCAGCUGAUGACAAGUCUUCAAUGUUGGAGGUGACAAAUGACAUUCCUUUAGGAACACACAAGGUACAUCGGAUCCAGCAUGUGCGAGAAGGUGUACGAGAAUGGGAGCAGGUUCAUACUGCUAGGAUCCUGGCUGUGGAAGGGUCUAGGGAGGUAAUUUGUGUCGGAUGUGAAGAUGGAUCUGUACAUGUUUACUCAGCCUGUGGGCGUCGCUUAGUGCCCCAGCUUGUCCUCAAUUCUAGGGUGGCAAGACUGGCAGUCAAUAAUUAUUAUGUAAUGGCUCUCUCUCAAAAAGGCAGCUUAUAUGUGUGGAAUAUGCAAACCAAAUCUGCUGUGAUAAAAGAUGUUAACCUUUCUACUAUCAUGUCAGGAGAGGAUAACAUCACGCGAGCAUCCAUGACCAAGGAUGGUGUACCCAUGGUAACACUAUCUACACACAAAUCUUAUACAUUCUCACCCGAUCUGGCAUGCUGGACGUUAUUAUAUAGCAAAGAUGAUCCACUACAGCACUGCUCGGAUCACCAUAGCUACACACCAGCCACCUCCAUACUCAGGACACCAGGGCCACUGGCCUCACUGCAGCCUCUACAAGAUAGACUUGGAUCCCUGGCUGGUCGAGUACUGAGUUCAGGACACCACCUCCAGCAGACAGCCACCAUUAGUCACCUCGAGUCCCAGCUUACAGCCUGUGUGUCCCUCCAGUCUGGGGCGGAGUACAAGUUCUGGCUGCACACAUAUGUCCGCUACAUAGUCAAGGAAGGUUUAGAAACAAAGCUCCGAGAAGUUUGUGAUGAAUUACUAGGUCCUAUAUACAAAAACAAACGGAAAUCCUCCUGGAACACAUGUGUUCUGGGUAUGGAUAAGAGAGAUAUUUUGCAAGAGAUUUUACCAUUAAUUGGGAAAAAUCUAAACCUACAGAGACUGUUUACUGAAUAUCAGGAACAGUUGGAUACUAUAGACAGGUGAAAAUUCUUCAUGUAGAUAGACAGGUAAAAAUAUCUAGAGUAAGUCCCUGUACAGCCAAAGAGCUCACUUACAUCGGACACCAUACAUGUGAACACUAUAGGAUGUGCAAACUUCUCCUUGAAGCAUCACAUUUUCUUUCAAAUAGUGUUGGAUUACUUUAAGGAUUCCAAGAAGACAUCAGCUCACUUGUAAGGAUCUUCAGAAGUUGUGUCAGAAAUGAUUUGUUAAACAAAUGUCUUUCGGAAGCAUUUGUAACUCUCAUCACCAUACUGCUUACAUAACCACUGGGAUGUUAGUGAAACAGAAUCCAAGGCUAAGCACUCCAUGUAUAAGUUGAGUAUAAGUACUCGCCAUUGUCAAAGUGUUUAUGACAAGAGUCUCAUUAAAUGUGAACGAUUUGAGGUAGGACAGGACAAAGUAAUGCUCCAUCCUAAUGUGAUGUUACAUAUAGGGCUUAUUUUGCAGGAUUUCCUGACACAGAACACACCUUAAUUCCAUACUAAGGGAGAUCUUGUUCCAAACAAAGGGCAGAUCUUAAUUCCAGACAUAGGGCAAGUCUUAACAAAGAUUCAGUAUAUCAGAACAGUUACCAAAUGAGGUCAUAGGUUAUGGUUAUAAGGAUUCUGAUGCAUGAUAGAUAUAUAUGAAUUCCAAACUAGGAAUACAGUUCCAUUAAUUCCGAGUUGAAUUGAGUUUCUAACAUGAUAAACAUAUUACAGGUAGUUGUGUAUAUUUAAAUCUGUGUCACUAACAAACCAUUUGAAAAGUUUGUUGCACCAUUGUAUGAGUACAUUUAUUAAGGCCCCGAGAAACCAAGGCUGUAACAGUAUGUAAUAUGAUCUGAAAAGGUUACUGAUCAAAUAAAUGAGUAGUGACACUCCCCAAGAGUGGACAGAUGGAAAAGAUCUUAGCCCGGCUAAUAUAUAGUGUGUAUAAUGUUUGAAUUGAAUUAAAUGAAUCAUUUCAAAUGAUAAAUGUGAUUUUAGACACAGCUGAUAUGUAAAAUCAGUGUGUAUAUAAAACUAUCCAAGAACUUAAUAUCACACCUGUUUACAAAUCUGCCCCUUAAAAGACCUCCAUAUCACACCUGUUUACAAAUCUGCCCCUCAAAAGACCUCCAUAUCACACCUGUUUACAAAUCUGCCCCUCUAAGACCUCCAUAUCACACCUGUUUACAAAUCUGCCCCUCUAAGACCUUCAUGUCACACCUGUUUACAAAUCUGCCCCUCUAAGACCACCAUAUCACACCUGUUUACAAAUCUGCCCCUCUGAGACCUCCAUAUCACACCUGUUUACAAAUCUGCCCCUCUGAGACCUCCAUAUCACACCUGUUUACAAAUCUGUCCUUCUAAGACCUCCAUAUCACACCUGUUUACAAAUUUGUCCCUCUAAGACCUUCAUGUCACACCUGUUUACAAAUCUGCCCCUCUAAGACCACCAUGUCACACCUGUUUACAAAUCUGCCCCUCUGAGACCUCCAUAUCACACCUGUUUACAAUUCUGCCCCUCUAAGACCUCCAUAUCACACCUGUUUACAAAUUUGUCCCUCUGAGACCUCCAUAUCACACCUGUUUACAAAUCUGUCCUUCUAAGACCUCCAUAUCACACCUGUUUACAAAUUUGUCCCUCUAAGACCUUUAAGACCAUUAUAUCACACCUGUUUACAAAUCUGCCCCACUUAGACCAUUUAUGUUCUUACAAAACAAAUCUCUUUAAAAUCUGCUUUAAGUUGCCAGGAUAGUUCAGUUCUCUAGAGCUAUGUCCUACACAACCUCAGGUGAAGACCCUAUGUGUAUGGUUUGACAAUCUCUACCUGUAGGGUUUUAUGUUUCUCAGGAAGCUGAGAAAUGGGUGUGAUAAACCCAUUUAACAAAUAGAUCUGCUUUAAAAGUGUAAUCAUGUACAAUACAAUUAGUAGGUAAUAUUAUAACUGCUGGUCAAACUGUCAGAUAAAUGAGCUGAAGUUUGCUGUUAGAUAAUGAGUUUUAGAUGAUCACUGGUGCUGAUCCAAGUUUCACUUGUUAUUCUCUCACUUUCUAUAGCUUUAAUAUUGCUAGUGUGUUAGUUAUUAAUAGUGUUUAUGUUAGAUAUAACCUGUGAAUAAUGAAUGACACUAAGACAAUUUGUACUCCAGCUCUCCUGUUGUUUUGUUAUGAAAGUAAUAACAGAUGUAUGCGGGUGUCCUUACAAGGUCACUGUUAUGGUGAGGUCAUGGAUCUGUCUUGCAUAUUCAAUCCUUUUUAAUGCUGAGUUAUCUGCUCUUGUGAUCAUUUAAUGACUGUUACAUUGUUAGUUUGCGUAAUUAAAGUCAGUCAUUUUCUCAUGGUGUUACUCUUACAAAUGAUUGACUUACCUGGUAACAAUUAAUAUACAAGAGCAGAUAACUCUGCAUUACAAAAAGGCGGACUAGACAGUCUAAUAACUGGUUUAUUACUGUAGCAAUAUAGUUCCAGUCUUGUACACUAACCAUACUGAUAUCACAGCAAUAUUGCCAGUCAUGUUACACAUUUAGAGACAUAGCAUCAGGCAUUUUUAUUGUUAUAAUUCUUGGUAAAAUGGUUUUAAAUGAAGACUUGUUAAAUAGGAUAUCAUGUCAAGGCCUAUUAUAAUCAUUGUGAAAUAUUGGUAUAUUUAAAUACACUUGAAUGCAUGUUGAAUUACAUUGUAUCCCAGUACUUCUACAUCAGGGCUAGUAGCCUACAAUUUUCCUUAUCUCUGUAAGGAAAGAUUCACCAGUAUUUUAAGAAAUACUGAAUGGUUUACCAGGAGGAAGUGCUUUGAGCGGUACCUCUUUCUUUCUCUGGAUGUUAGUAAGAGUAGUGUUCUAGCCACUCCAUUCCAACAUGGUUGUGACACAGAAGUGUUGAGUUCCUAUAAGGUUUUAUGUUUAUUAGUGCCACUGAAAGGUCAUUACAGGGAUUUUGCAUGGUAUUUUGGGAGGGGAAAGUUUGUCAACUUUGACCACAGAUUUGGAAUAUGCUGUCAGUGAUAUCAUAUGUCUGUUUGAUUGAAACGGGAAAAUGUGAACAUUUAAGCAAUAUGUCUAGUUUUAAUGGCUUAAUUCAUCAUUGAAGGGGUGUAUUUUCACAUUCAACUAGCACAGAACUAGAAGACAGUUAAAUUCCCUUAAUUAAAUGCCCAUAGUUCCCCUAGUAUUUUGUGUUAUCAGACAAUUAAAAAUCAAAUUAUUUGUUUAGAAAUUCUUCAAACUUUCAGUACAAAGAAUACUGAUUGUGGAAUGUUGGUUUGGAAAAGUAGGAUCGCAUUUAGGAGGGUGGGGGGGAAUAUAGGAAAAUUUGUGGUAGAGAAUAAGGCAAAUUAAAGGACCAUACAAACACCUUGCAAAAUCUAUAUUUAAUGCCCGGGAUGGAUAUGUGUGCGUACGUAAUGGAAUCGUAAAUUUAAUGAUGCGAGAUUAUUUGUGUGUGGUGAGGGUCAUCUGUUAUGCCAUAUCAAGGACAGGGAUUAUAAAACUAUUAUGAUUUCCUGGAGACUGCUGACUUACAAUUCUGACAUCUCAUUAUUUAUAGUGUUCUGAUUAUAGUAAAUGCAGUAAAUAGUGCUGACAUUUUAAAUCUAGUUCUAUUCUCUACAGCUGUUUAAAUCUUCCUUUCAUCCCUACCUCGAAUUCUCUCCUUUUUCUUACCCAGACUGGACUAAGACAAUCAUCAGCCCUAUCCAUGGCUUGUAUGUGUCCAGGUUAAUGUUUAUUAUCAAUACCUUCCUUGUUAGUGUACAGAUGUUACCAUUGUAAGACAAAUUAGGUAUGCCCAUGAGUUUCCAAUGUAUGUGGCGAUUUGUGAAUAAACACUUAUUUCACUUGAACUACAACAAUGAAUAAAAGUAGCUAAAUAUCA